AUGGUCAAGGAGACAGAGUACUACGAGCUGCUUGGCGUAGCGGUUGAUGCUACUGAAAAUGACAUCAAACGCGCUUAUCGGCGGUUGGCCCUGCGAUACCAUCCUGACAAAAACCCUGACAACGCAGAGGCUGCGGAGAUGUUCAAACAGAUUAGUCACGCCUAUGAAGUUCUCAGUGAUGAGGAUAAGAGAAAACUGUACGACCAGCACGGGAAAGAUGGACUUAGUGGUGGCGGUGAUGAGGGUGAAUUUGACGCAUCGGAUAUCUUCUCCAUGUUCUUCGGUGGUGGGCGGCGACAACGUGGCGAGCGCAAACCAAGGGAUCUCGUACACGAACUGGCGGUAUCGCUAGAAGAUAUGUACAAUGGGCGUGUGAAGCGUGUUGCAGUCACGCGUGACAGGUUAUGUAGCCAAUGCGAUGGGAGUGGUGUGCGCCCUGGGGCUCAACAGCAAAUGUGUGAGGCAUGCAAUGGCCAAGGCAUACAAGUGCUUGUGCAGCACAUAAUCCCCGGUGUUCGCCAGCAGGUGCAGUUAACAUGCCAAAACUGUGGGGGUUGCGGGAAGUAUGUGAGGGAGAGCGACGUUUGCCGGCGCUGCCAUGGGAAGCAAAUGGUAAGGGAUGAAAAAGUUUUGGAGGUACCAAUCGAGCGGGGUAUGAAGGCGGAUGAUGCGAUACGUUUUGAAGGCGAGGGAGAUGAAGUGCUGGGGGUGCGACUAAAGGGAGAUGUGCUCAUCAUUCUAGCGGAAAAGCCACAUGACGUAUUCCGUCGAGUAGGAGAUCAUCUCAUCAUGAACUAUCGCAUCACUUUACAGGAAGCUCUCUGUGGCUUUGAGCUCCCGGUACAGCACUUAGACAAACGAAUGCUGCUGAUAAAGAUCCCAGCUGGGCAAGUGAUUGACCCGGAGGCAGGUUGGGUUGUCCAUCGCGAAGGUAUGCCGCUGCCGAACACGGGCGGAAUUGAGCGAGGUAACCUCAUCAUCCACUUCGAGGUGGAGUACCCGACGAAGUUAAGCUCACGGCAGAUUGAUCUGAUCGCGGACGCUUUUCACGUAUCUGAAGGGUUCCCCCACGUGGGAGGGCAGAAAGUUGUGCUUCGGGAUGAGACCGCACGACGGCAGAGAAGGAAUACGGCAUCGGCCAGGCAGGCGCAACAGCGGCGUUCCAGGGAUACUCGCGGCUUUGACAACCCGGAUGUCUUCAGUAUGGGAUUCGGUGGAGGUCAAACAGCACAUCAGUGUACUCAACAGUAG